AUGCUUUCAAACGCAGGCCGCUCGUCAGCGGCAUCCUCAAAGACCUCCACACUAGGUUCGAAGGGUCCAACCACCCAGGUCGAAUUCGGAGAACAGAAGGUCGAUGUGCCCAAGGGCGGUUACUACGACCGUUAUCGCAUGAACCCAAACCUGGACGAGGUCGCCCGCGAUCCGGCCGUGGGACCUGAUAUCGACUUCUUCCGGAACAUCCCAAAGAAACUGGUCGAUUCGAGAGUCGGUCAGAUAUACGCACCCAACUUCUAUUACCGCACGAGGAGCGUCCAACUCACCUUCCUCGCGCCCCUCGACCGCUUGCAGUCGAAGCUCCCGUCACCUUUGGAGCCCAUUACGGCGUUACCCGGCUACGGUUUGGUCGCGCUGACGUUUUACUCGUACCUCGUCUGCGACAACGACCCUUACAACGAGGUCUCACUUGCCAUCGUCGUCCGGCAACCGGGUAAUAACAGUUACAGUACGACACAACUGCUUAGCUCUGUAUGGAACCGAACCUUCUACGGAUACGUGUUGGCGCUACCCGUCGAUACCGAAAUCGCUCGAGUACGAGGUGUAUACGGAUACCAAUUCCCCAAAUGGCUCGCCAACAUCAAUCUGGAGAUGGACGAUGACAACAUCAAGGCUGACCUGACUGCGACCGAUGGGACACCUGAUUUGACGCUGGGCGUCCCCCUUCCGGCCUUGACGACCAUUCCGUCCCAGUCUUCGAUCGCGACCAACAACGCGAUCAACAAGAUUGACGGGAAAUGGUACCAGGUAACGGUUCAGACCAACCCACUCCUGGCGACACAAUGUCUUCUCCCUGGGAACGUCACGCUCUCUCGGAGUGAUGGUCCAUUGAGUAAACUCCUCAACGAAUUGGGCGUUUCGACCAUCCUCCGGAUGGACAUCAUCAAGGAUGCGCAGAUGGUCCUGAACAUGCCAACACCAUUGAAGGCGUUCGAUUAA